AUGUCCAAAAUUCUGUAUUGUGUAAACGAGCUGAUGGAUGAAGAUGAGAAGGACAGGGCAAAGAGGGCAUCACGCAACAAAUCAGAGAAGAAGAGAAGAGACCAGUUCAAUGUCCUCAUCAAGGAGCUAUGCACCAUGUUGCAAGGCCAUGGCCAUCCUCUCAAGAUGGACAAGUCCACCAUACUGCAGAGGACCAUUGACUUCCUACAGAAACAAAAAGAAAUCACAGCACAGACAGAAGCCUGUGAGAUUAGACAAGACUGGAAGCCUUCGUUUCUUAGCAAUGAGGAGUUCACCCAGUUGAUGUUAGAGGCAUUAGAUGGGUUUCUGAUUGCACUAACCACUGAUGGGAUUAUUAUUUAUGUAUCUGAUAGUGUCUCUUCACUUCUUGGGCAUUUACCGUCAGAUUUGGUGGACCAAAAUAUAUUAAACUUCCUGCCUGAGUGUGAACAGAGUGAUGUGUACAAGCUGCUUUCCCCACACAUGCUUGUAACAAACCCUGUGGCAGCGGAUUUCCUAAACACUGAAAAGCAGAUAGAAUUUUGUUGUCAUUUAGCCCGAGGAAACUUAGAUCCAAAUGAACCCAUCACAUAUGAACAUGUGAAAUUUGUAGUAGAAUUCAAAUAUUUUACUCAUGUGCCUACAUCCUCUUAUAAUGGCUUUGAAUCUGCCAUUGCACGAGUGUUCCGGUCAGCAAAUGAAGAGCAGGUCUGCCUGGUAGCCACGGUCCGUCUUGUUACUCCACAGUUCUUAAAGGAACUUUGUAAUGUGGAGGAACCGUGUGAAGAAUUCACAUCAAGGCACAGUCUGGAAUGGAAAUUUUUGUUUCUAGACCACAGAGCCCCACCUAUUAUAGGUUACUUACCUUUUGAGGUGCUCGGGACUUCAGGUUAUGACUAUUACCAUGCUGAUGACCUGGAGAUUCUUGCUAGGUGCCAUGAACAGUUGAUGCAGUUUGGAAAAGGAAAGUCUUGCUACUAUAGAUUCUUGACCAAGGGCCAGCAAUGGAUAUGGCUGCAAACGCACUAUUACAUCACAUACCAUCAGUGGAACUCCAAGCCUGAAUUUAUUGUCUGUACCCACACAGUAGUUAGUUAUGCUGAGGUUCGAGCUGAAAGAAGAAGAGACCUUGGCCUUGAGGAGUCAUCCAUUGAACUGGCGUCUUCAUCUUUGAAGAGUCAAGAAAGUUUCAUCGAUAUCCGGCCAUGUGUAACCAGCCAAGAACCCAGUCGGGAGAGGGUGUCCGUGUCAUCUCAUAGUUCCCGCCGAUCCUCGCACACAGCACUCUCUGAUUCUGCAUCCACGUCAUCCAUACGGCAUACCGAUGCCAGCACCCCUACCAGGCAGUCACUGCCCAUGUCGGACAAGGCACCUCUCAGGCUGGCCUCAAGCAGCAGCACACAGGGUAUAAUAACCCCUCAAACGCCCGCUGAGCAUCUCACGCAGCGUCACAUGGCGCAGCCCACGGUUCCCUCGCAGCAAGCGGUUAUGCCCGUGUAUCACUUCCCAGCCCAGAUUGGGAUGAUGCAUCAGCUGAAAGAGCAGCUGGAAGAGAGGACCCGCAUCCUGCAAGCUGACAUCAAGACGCAGCAAGAGGAGCUGCAUGUCAUCAAAGAACAGCUUCUGCUGGUGCAAGACUCCAACCUGCAGAUGCUGAUGCAACAGCCGAUGCCAGUGGUCUUCAACAAUGUGCAGCAACCCCAGAACCCACGGAGGCCUUCUCAGCAACAAGCAGCAGCAACAGGGGGCAGGCAUGGGACGACCUCCAAGAAGUCUCAGCAGCAAGGCCUUACGGGAACCAAGCAGUACUGUGGCACGCCCUUGCCCUCGCCACGGCAAUUCCUCAGGGAACCUUGUGUCACGUCAUCCCAGGUACAGUCGCAGCAGCAGCAGCAAAAGCGUGUUCUGAGAGGAAACCAGAUCCAGCAGGCAUGCUUGCCAAUGCAGAUGAGCAUUUCAAUGCCCCUCUACAAUAAUCCCAUGGUGUUCUCCCAGACGCACCCUAUCACUGUGUCUGCUCCGAUGCCAGCCGAAAUGACUGAGAGGCAGCAGCAGCCUGACUACAGCCAAGAUCGGAGUCUACGGAUGUUGCUAGAUCAGCCUGUGCAGCCCUUGAUGUCCAGCACUAGUGGGAACAGCCAGUCUUCACAAGGCACUGCUGGCAGACAACAAGCCAAGUUUCCUCAAGAGCAGCAGGGCCUGCCUCCUGCCAUCCAGAUGCAGCCAAUCACCUGCACUGCCGUUCGCGCCUCUGCCCCCACCCCCGUGUUUACCCCCUCAGUGAUGAUUCCACACACCAACAUCACUGCACAGCAGAGCCAUCCCCCUGGCACCCUCCACCAGUGGCAGCCACAGCAAGUUCAACAACAUCACCUCUAUCUUCAGAUGCAAGGUGCUACUGAGCCAGUCCAGGCAGGCCAAAACCAGCACAUAUUCCAGCCCUCUCAUCUGCCACAGCAGAAUGCCACUAUGGGCUAUUUCCACCACCCGCAGCCACAGAACCACCACCUGCAGGGCCAGCCUUGUGGCUUGCAGGACCUGUCCGAAAUGCAAAUGCCUUGAGGCUGAGGGCUGGAAAGACAGCGGUGGCAGGUGUGUGCUCAGGCGGAGCAGGGGCUGUGCUGAGCAGAGGGUGAAGGGACAGAGGGCGAGUGCAGAGGAGCAGAUGCCUUCCCUGUACACCUGGAGAGCGAAGCUCACACGAAAGGGAUGGCGGCCAAGGCUUGACAGCUGGCUCAGCAGGGACCAAGUACAGCCGUGGGAGUUCUCACGCUGUCAGCGUUUCAAACGUGUUUGGUGUUUUAAAAACA